AUGGAAACCUCUCGUCGCCCCUAUCAGAAGGAUCUCGCCCACCGUGGUGUCAUUGAGGGUGCCACGAUCUCACCCCGUGAUAAAAAGGACACGGAUUUCUGUCACUACUUUGGAGGCGUUCGAUACGCCCUGCCUCCUCUCCAGCGAUGGCGUCGAGCUCGGCGUCUGCCGUCGACAUUCAGCUACGGUACCCGACAGUCACCUGGUCAGUGCGACAGUGGAGCGGGGUUAUGUCCGCAACCUGGCUUCCUGAAUCUCUCGCCCCUAAAUGAGGACGCCUGGACAGAGGACUGUUUUCAAUGUAAUGUUUGGGUUCCAACAGGCGAGCCUCCCAAGGGUGGUUGGCCUGUUUUUGUUUUCAUCCAUGGCGGCUGGCUACAAUUCGGCUCUCCGAAUGGGUUCAAUGCAGGAGCCUUGCUAGGAGAGACAGGUUUAAAUGCCGUGGUUGUCUUGCCUGCAUAUCGCGUGAACUUGUUUGGCUUCCUAUAUUCGACUGAGUUAGCAGAUGAUGCAGCUGCUGUUGGGGAGACAGUGGGAAAUCACGGAUUCUGGGAUCAGAGGCUGGCAUUGGAGUGGACAAAGGAGAACAUUCAUCUCUUUGGUGGAAACCCUGAUAACAUUACAAUCUCCGGCUAUUCUGCUGGUGCCAACUCCGUCUUCCACCAAUUAGCAUAUGACCUCCGCCAGCCAGAUUCUCAAGCCAUCGUCCGCCAGGCGUGCAUGUUUUCCAAUUCUCCCGCCGUGCAACCGAAGAGUCCAGCCGACACCCAAAUCCAAUUUAAUCAGCUCCUCACUGCACUCGAGAUUCCAUCGACUCUGUCCGGGAACGAAAAGCUGGCCCGGCUUCGAUCACUACCACCCAAGGCUCUUCUCGACGCAGUCAAUAAAAUUGACUUUGACUUGCAUCAAUUCAGACCAACAACCGACUCAGGAUUUAUUCUCCCCACACUUUUCACGUCUCUUGACAGCGGCGAAUUCGCGCGAAGAAUGCUCGCACGUAACGUCCGUUUGAUGCUGGGUGAGUGUCGGGACGAAAGACAUCUAUACGCCACUUGGUUCCCGCCUAAAUCGAAUACACUAUCCGCACUACGGACCCGUCUUAUCGCGGACUACCCCGAGCGAGUGGUUGACGCUGUUCUCCCGCUGUAUUACCCGGAUGGUAAACUGCCAUCUAACUGCAAGGACUGGGUCUCCGAUGCCUGGGGUAGGAUAUAUGCCGAUAUGCAGGUCUAUCAUAUGCAGCGUGGCUUUAUCCAUGCGCUUACUUCGAAUGCCGGCGGUGUGGAUGCGUCGAGUCUCUUGUAUAGGUAUCGUAUUGAAUAUCGUGCGACGUGUAUGGAUAAGGCCAUGCCAAUUGAGUGGGGUGUAACACAUUCGUCUGAUUACCCGUUGUGGUUCUGGGGUAAUGGGGAUGUACUUACCAGUGCUGAGAAGAAGAACACAUACGAAGCCCUGAUUGGUCCCUUGAGCCGCUUUUUGCAGGGGCCAGCUGUGGCUGGUUCGAAUGAGUUUGGCUGGGGAACUAGCGGUCAUGGCGUGCGAGCUUUUAAGCCAGAUGGAACAGUCAAAAUUGAACGUGAUGCAAUGUGGUAUGAAGGAGUGAAAGUGUGGAAGAGAGUUAGAGGGGUUGACACUUUUAAGCCAAGCUUGUAA